AUGACUGGCGAGCUCACCACCCUGCAGCAGUCGCGGAUGAUUCUCAUGCUUUACUUCGACCUGGUGAAAGGAGUUAGCUCUGAGAACCGCGCAAAGGAGCAGGUGAGGACCAAGAAACAUGGCUGUUGCGUACAAAGUAUCAGUAUAUAGACGCAUGACGUUGUUACGUUGCUACAGCACAGUAGACUACAGCACAACAGCCAAGUACUUUUUGGUACAAUUGUAUGAAUGAAAAGACAUCCCACCAACAUUUUUGUACAACAGAAGUGCUUGAUACAGGCCUACGUAUGUUGUGCAUCAUGCCAGUACUGCUGCAGGCUCAAAUAGUCACAUUGCUUGCACUGCUGUACUGAUGCCCGUUACUGCUGUACAAUACUUGAGAAUGUAAGGAAAUGUAUGCAUGUACAUGGCACCACCAUUCUCCUCGCGUGCGCUGUACGGUUAUCCACACUCUGCCGUCCCUUUAACUUCUUAAGCCUGUUCACCCUUUUUUUUCCCACCUAGAAUUUUCCCAUUUUCCCAGUAUUUGUGCCUUUUUUUGACCGCCUCUUGUUUGUGGUCGAAAGAUUUUUUUCCCGCUUCUAUGCAUGCGCAGACCACCAAUAAACAUUACACAGCGCUCACCUGUUGAGUCCCCACUAGUAUUAGUAGUCCAUGGCUCCUCCAAAAGGAGGCGGGAGG